AUGUACAUUGUCAGAAGGCAGCAGAAAUAUUUUGCCUCACUUAAUGAAGAAUAUGGAUUAAGUUGUAUGAUGAAAGUGACUGUGAAUCCGUCUGCUUCAGAGUCUGCUCUUUUCCGAGGGGGACAUACUUUACUCCCAUCAGCUAGUUUUCAGGAAUCAGUGACCUUCAAGGAUGUGAUAGUGGACUUUACCCAGGAAGAAUGGAAACAGCUGGAUCCCAUACAGAGAGGUUUAUUCAGGGAUGUGACAUUGGAGAAUUAUACACAUCUGGUCUCUAUAGGACUCCAAGUUUCCAAACCUGAUGUGAUUUCCCAGUUAGAGCAAGGGACAGAGCCGUGGAUUGUGGAGCCCAACAUCCCAGUAGGGACCCUUGGAGACUGGGUGACAAGACCAGAAAAUAGCAUAACAGCCUCAGAGCUGGACAUUUCUGGAGAAGAGCCAUCUCCAGGGGCAGUAGCAGAAAAGCACAAAAGGGAUGAUCCUUGGAGCACCAACUUCUUAGAAACUUGUGAAUCCAAAGGCAGUCCAGAGAGGCAGCAGGCAAACGAACAGACACUGCCAAGGGAAAUAAAAAUAACUGAAAAGACCAUACCAACUUUGGAGCGAGCACAUGUAAAUAAUGACUUUGAAAAAAGCAUCAAUGUGAGUUUAGACCUUUUAACACACAAAGAAAUAUCUCCAAAACAGACCUCUACUAAAACAAGUGUCAAACAGAAUUUAAACCCAGUUAAAAAAGAGAAGUCUUGUAAGUGCAAUGAAUGUGGGAAAGCUUUUACUUAUUGUUCAGCUCUUAUUCGCCAUCAGAGAACGCAUACUGGAGAAAAACCCUACAAAUGUAAUGAAUGUGAAAAAGCCUUCAGCCGGAGCGAAAACCUUAUAAACCAUCAAAGAAUUCAUACUGGAGAUAAACCAUAUAAAUGUGAUCAGUGUGGGAAAGGCUUCAUUGAGGGUCCAUCUCUUACUCAACAUCAAAGAAUUCACACUGGAGAAAAACCCUAUAAGUGUGAUGAAUGUGGGAAAGCUUUUAGUCAGAGAACCCACCUUGUUCAGCAUCAGAGAAUACACACUGGUGAGAAACCAUAUACUUGUAAUGAGUGUGGAAAAGCCUUUAGCCAGAGAGGCCACUUCAUGGAACAUCAGAAAAUCCAUACAGGAGAAAAACCUUUUAAAUGCGACGAAUGUGAUAAAACAUUUACCAGGAGCACACACCUUACUCAACAUCAAAAAAUCCAUACUGGAGAGAAAACCUAUAAAUGUAAUGAAUGUGGGAAGGCUUUCAAUGGACCCUCAACGUUUAUUCGUCAUCAUAUGAUUCAUACUGGGGAAAAACCAUAUGAGUGCAAUGAAUGUGGUAAAGCCUUCAGUCAGCACUCAAACCUCACUCAGCAUCAGAAAACACAUACUGGGGAGAAACCUUAUGACUGUGCUGAGUGUGGGAAAUCCUUUAGUUACUGGUCUUCCCUUGCUCAACAUCUCAAAAUUCAUACUGGAGAAAAACCUUACAAAUGCAAUGAAUGUGGAAAGGCCUUCAGUUACUGCUCAUCCCUUACUCAACAUCGGAGAAUUCACACCAGAGAAAAGCCUUUUGAAUGCAGUGAAUGUGGAAAGGCUUUCAGUUAUCUCUCAAACCUUAAUCAACAUCAGAAAACUCACACCCAAGAGAAAGCUUAUGAAUGUAAGGAAUGUGGGAAGGCCUUUAUUCGAAGUUCAUCUCUUGCUAAACAUGAAAGGAUUCAUACUGGUGAGAAACCCUAUCAGUGUCAUGAAUGUGGGAAAACCUUCAGUUAUGGCUCGUCCCUUAUUCAGCAUAGGAAAAUACAUACUGGAGAAAGACCUUACAAGUGUAAUGAAUGUGGGCGAGCCUUCAACCAGAACAUACACCUUACACAGCAUAAGAGAAUUCACACGGGAGCAAAGCCUUAUGAGUGUGCCGAGUGUGGCAAAGCCUUUCGACAUUGUUCAUCUCUUGCUCAACAUCAAAAAACACACACAGAAGAAAAACCCUACCAUUGUAAUAAGUGUGAAAAGGCCUUUAGCCAGAGCUCCCAUCUGGCUCAGCAUCAACGAAUUCACACUGGAGAGAAGCCCUAUAAGUGCAAUGAAUGUGACAAAACCUUUAGCCGGAGCACUCAUCUGACUGAACAUCAGAAUACUCAUACUGGAGAGAAACCUUACAACUGUAAUGAAUGCAGGAAGACUUUCAGCCAGAGCACUUACCUCAUUCAGCAUCAGAGGAUUCAUUCAGCAGAGAAGCCUUUUGGAUGUAAUGAUUGUGGAAAAGCCUUCAGAUACCGUUCUGCUCUCAACAAACAUCAGAGACUGCACCCUGGCAUAUGA